AUGUAUUUUACCAAGACCUUUGGCGGGCACGCCGCCCCCGGCGUGAUCCUUAAGUUCCUGGAGUAUAAGGAUCGCCGGCAGCCGACGAAGCCCGUCGACCCCGAGAUGGUGCCCUCGGAGGUCUACAUUACUGCUGCUGAGCUGGCUCAGCUCGGCGUUGGCACCGACACCAUGAGCAGUCAACCGUUCCAACAAGUGAGCCCCAUGCGAACCACCCAACCCAGGAGCCUCCCACUCAUUCAUCCUCAGCCAUCGCCCGCCGCCCACCACAGCCAGACUCGCGAGCGUCGACGAUCGAGACCCAAGGCGCAGGUGAAGCCCUCGGCCCCCAGCGCGAGAGUCCCUAGCCACAUAGCUCGAAAGCCCCUUCGUCGUAGCCGUAACGCUAACGCUAGAAAGACUAAGAACGGUCCCUCUAUAAUCCAUUGCUCGAUCCCAGAGGUUCCAGAGGAGCGUAGAACCUCCGACGCGAUCCGACCUGAGCUGGCCGGCGCUGCCGAGGACGGCCCCCUUCAUCAUGGUAUACCGCUAACUGGCACCCCAGAACAGCCAGUGCCGUACCGUCCGAGACGUUCGCCUAGGGAGCCACACCAGGAGAUAUCAGCCUGCUCGCUUAUAGAGCGGAUUACGAAGGCCGCCGAGACCAUUCGGAUCACCAGCCAUGCCAGCUCGGAAAGUGACGACGACCUUGCCAGGAUUCCUAAGCUUUCCGCCGCUCCGAGAGUGCCUCGCUGGCGCGUAGCCACACCCCACCCUACAGUGCCCCACCCGACAGUCGGCACGCAUGUGCGUAGCGAUGACGACGACGACGAAGAUAUCCGAGUCCAACACGAGGGCGCGAUUCCCGUGUUACUCACCCCCGGAACCUCGGCUGCACAUAUCGCCUCAGAUAUACGCACUGCCCCGGUAAGGUAUGCAUGCGUGCGAACCGCGCCGUCAGCGGCCUCCCUGACGGGCGUCAUCGAGCAGGUACGCGCGCGCUCCGCUGACGAAAUCGUGAUCCCGCCGCUCCCCAGCGCGGCCUCGGGGGUCCACCGGCCAGCCUGCCAGCUCCGCAGCGACGGCUCCAUCCCGUCGCUCGACGCCGCCGGCCGAGACCCUUCCAGCUGCGAGGUCGCGUACUUCCGCGAGCACGGCGUGCCGCCGGCCGCCCACCUCGUCGAGGGCAAUCGCAGCAGCAGCAGCGGCGGCAGCCGGCACCAGAGCCGGACUCCGCUCACCGCCCCCGGCAUGCUCGUCACGAUCCGCACCCCCUCCCCGAGCUACAGCUGCGCCGUGCAGAGCUGCUUCUGCACCCCGAGCGAGGCCGACAGCAAGGUCUGCCCCAGCUGCCGAGAACGCAGGCGCCUCGAGCGAGAGCUCCAGAUGCAGUGGAUUUAA